AUGCGAAUGUCACCCGCAGGUUCUCCACCCCGUCCGCACGUCAGAUUGAUUCUCGUGGGCAAGACCGGGUCUGGCAAGAGCGCGUCUGGUAACACUAUACUCGGCGAUAGCAACGCUUUCGAGGAGGACAUGUCACCCGAGUCCGUCACCGUUGGCUGUGCGAAGAAGGAGGUGGACAGAGACGGCGCCAAAGUCGCUGUGAUCGACACUCCGGGGUUGUUUGACACAACCAAAACCCAAUACGAUGUGAAAAGCAAGAUCGAGGAGUGUGUCGAACAGUCGGUACCCGGACCGCACGGAUUCCUUUUGGUAAUCAGUCUAAAGUCUAGGUUCACACAAGAGGAGCGGAGCAGCAUAAAGUGGAUUCGAGACAAUUUCGGAGAAGACGCUUUCACGUACACCUUGGUCUUGUUUACACACGGUGACUCGCUAAAGGGUAAAUCGGUGAGAGACUACGUGAAGGAAAGCAAAGAGCUACAAAGAGUGAUAAACCAGUGUGGCGGAAGGUACCACACGCUGAGCAACACUCAGAGAGUAAACCAAACCCAAGUGGAUACUCUGUUGAGUAAAAUAGAGGACAUGGUAGAAUUCAACGGAGGUGAGCACUACAGCAACGAUAUGUACAAGGCAGCGCAGAAGAAACUCGAAAGAGACAGGGAGCGGAAGAGGAAAGAGCAAGACCAAAUGCGAAAAGAGCACGAAGAGAUUAUUAAGACAAGGGAAUGGUGUAGAUUCUUCGGUCUUACGUCUCUGGGACUAUUUGGAGCAGGAGCAUGCUUGUCCUCUUACGUGCCUCCUGACAUCUGA